CUCGGCGCGCUCAGCAUGGCGGGCCCCGCUCCGGGGCGGAGGCUGCGGCCGCUGGCGGCGGUGGCCCUGGUUCUGGCGCUGGCCCCGGGGCUCCCCGCAGCCCAGAGCCGGCAGGCGCCGCGCCCCGCCGAGCGGGGGCCCCCGGUGCGGCUCUUCACGGAGGACGAGCUGGCCCGCUACGCCGGGGAGCAGGACGAUCAGCCCAUCUACAUGGCAGUGAAGGGUGUGGUGUUUGAUGUCACUUCCGGAAAGGAGUUCUAUGGGAGAGGAGCCCCCUACAAUGCCUUGACUGGGAAGGACUCCACCAGAGGGGUGGCCAAGAUGUCCCUGGACCCUGCAGACCUCACCCAUGACAUCACGGGGCUCACACCCAAGGAGCUGGAGUCCCUGGAUGACGUCUUCACCAGAGUGUACAAGGCCAAAUAUCCCAUCGUCGGCUACACAGCCCGCAGAAUUCUUAACGAGGACGGCAGCCCCAACCUGGACUUCAAGCCGGAAGACCAGCCCCAUUUUGACAUAAAGGAUGAAUUCUGAUAUCCAUCUGCAGAGUCAGGGUCUUGGGAGGGUGGGGCAGAGGGACAGUCAGGUGUAAACCUGCAAAAUCUGCUCCCUGAAGCCUCUGAGUCACCGGGGUUGGAAUAAAACAGGUGUGUAACCUGGAA